GCAAAACAAAUGAAAGUUGCAAUAAAUCAUAAAUAUAUAUAUAUUAAUACUAAAAAUUGCAAAGCAAAGAAACAAAAGCAAAUGUAUAUUUAAAAAAAAAAAGUAUAUAACUGAAGGUGCGAGAAAUGUGGAAAAUGUGUGAACAACCUGGGCCAAGGAGCAACAAUAGCCCACGGACAGCUAAACAAUUAUGAAAUUAAUAGUCGCUUAAUUGCCAGCGAUUAUUGAAAACAAAUAUUGAAAGAGAUUGAAGCGCAUUGAACCGCAUUGAACAGCAUUGAACUCGGUGAAAAUUAUAAAAAAUAGCUGUUGAUAAAAGUGAAAAGUGUGUGAGAGAGUGGAUAAAAGUUGACCAAGUUGUUUUUUUGGCAACAGUUCAUUGUACGCCGUGUUUUGGCCAUGAAGCAUGAGAAGUGUGUUAACAUGGCCGCCAAUGGCACGCCUCCAACACUAAAGCGUAAGCAGCCGUCAAAUUUAACGGACUCUAGCCAUACACGUAGUCCCAUUACCAAGGCCUUUGACUUUUUGCCCUGGCCCAGAAGUCGCAGCAAGGCGACAACAAAUUCAAAUACAAAUACAACUGCCAGCAGCAGCAAAGCGGAAACGGAAACGGAUAGAGAGCGAAAUGGAGAGGUGCAUUAUCAACGGAAUAUAUUUCGCAGUGGCGGCGGUUUAAUACGCGACAUUUUGGUGGGCGACAAGGACAAGCUGCAGCGCGAGAAAGAGAGAGAGAAGCCACCGCAAUCUCCUCUCUCCAUAGCCAAAAAGGCGCAAAGAAAACAAAAGCAACUGGCACGCAAUAAGAGUCUCGAUAUACGUGAACUUAUUGGCUGUGUGGAGAACGAAUUGGCGCCGAGAACAACAAGCGCACAAAAUGGCGGACAGCGUUUCCUGGACGACACAUAUCUGGAAAGUAAACCCAGGCAUAUUCUAUUCAACGACGAGGAGAACACAGUGUAUCUGAUUAAAAAGGAACAACCUGUGGCAGCUAGCAAGGCGCUGAAAUCCUCCAACAGCUCCAGUUCCAGCUGCAAUGGCGAUGUGCUGAAGGCGCGUCUCAAAUUCAAACGGUUGCCCAGCGAUCAUUAUGAGGCUUCUCCGGAGGCACUGCGUCGUGCCCAGCAGCUGUAUCAGCGCUCCGAGCAGCGUCACAUGCUGCAGCGACGCAAAAGUCUCAGCGAUUCGCAUUACGAGCAGCAGAGCAGCUCCAGCUUGAGCAGCGGAGGCAGCAGCGGAGUAGGAGCAGGAGGAGCAGGAGGAGCAGCAGCAGUGUUAACAGUCAAUGCCGCUGGCAUUAUGCUGGAGCGACCCAAAACAGAUAAGCCGCGCAAGAAGCUGUCAUUUCGGGAGCCCAUUGAAGCGGGUCUGGCACUCUCCUCCCCCUCCCCCUCCCCCUCAACCCUCGGUGCUGUCCUGUCGCGUCAGGAGCGACAGCGACGUCGCAGUUCGCCGCUGGAGCGCACAUUGUUGCCAGAUUGUGAUAAUUUAUGCAAUAAUCGCACAAAGGAUGCCAUUUCCUGUGCCAUCUCCACCACAGUGCCAACUGAUGUUGAGUCUCAGGCGAUGCGCAUUGUGCGCACUGUCGGACAAGCCUUUGAAGUGUGCCACAAAUUUAAUCUUCAUAAGAAUUCCCUGGAGCCCAAUGACGAACGCUCCGAUGUCUCAUCGUCCGAGCUGCUCGAUGUCGAGCAAAUCAGCGAGCAGCAGCUCAGCGAAGAUGGCGGCCUCUGUGUGCUGGCCAGCGAGUCGCCAAAGAAAGAUCACUUGGCCAUAACGCCCGAUUUGAAUCACACGCAACCACAGAGACCGAACCACUUGGAGCUGCUGCCAACACAGUCGAGUCUACGCAAAUCGACAAACCUGCUGUGCGAUGUGGAGGACAAAUCCCCCGGCUCUCCCUCAUCGCCGCGCACUGAGAUUACACAGCUGAAGGAUCAGCUGGAGGCGCAGGCUCAGCAGACGCGUCAGGCUUUAGGACAAUUGAUGCUGGUGCGGGAGCAGCUCAUCUCGGAGACAAAUGCACGCAUCGAGGCGCAGGCACGCACCCAGCAACUGCUGCAACAGAAUCGAGAGCUGCUCGAGCAUUUGGCCUCGUUGGGGGCCUACAACGAGCAGCAGAGUGCGGGACUCACCUCGGCGAAUAUUGGCAUGGCACCACAGCUCUCGUCGACGGCUAAAGUGGCUCGAUGGUUUCAACAGUUACCCUGGCAUACCGCCUCAUUGUCUCGCCCCGAAAGCGGCUUCGUUUCCGGCGACUCGCGCUCUGAGAAGUAUCAGGAGGAUCAUUUCUAUGGCGGCAUGGUAAAGGAAACGGAUGAUUUAUGCGAUGAAUUUCUGCUCGUCGAGGGCAGCAGCACCAUUUGGACCAAGUUAAGCGCCAAAAAACGUCGUAAAUUGCUUGGCAUGCGUUUGGGCAAAGUGACAACAUUUUAAAUUACCAGCAAACUCCUGAAUAUUACUACCAAUCGUAAUGUGUGCGUUUAUUAGCUGUUAAGUGAGUAUUUUUUGUAAGCAUAGCUGUAAGCAAAUGACAGUUUUGGCAUUAAGUAGUUAGUUCUAUAGAUUAGCCAAUAUGAAAAUCAAUAGACUAAAUGACCAAAUUAACCCAAACGAACGACAUGCUCAUUGAAAUGCCAUCAACACUCACACACUCACACACACACACGUACAUCAAGAGAUAAAAGCUGAAAGGAAAAAGAGCUGAGCAGGUAUGAAUAAGCGUAGACAUAAGUCAAUUAGCGAGCAUAAUGCUUAAGCUCAAAGUGUAUUUAAGUAUUAAUAAACUAAGUAAAAGUAAUUGGCAUGUAAGACACAAACACACACACGCACACAUAUACAAACAGACAGGCAAUUCAUUAGGUGGACAAACAGGUCGCAUUUAUCAUACGCCACGUAGCACGAAAAACGAAAGAGAAACAUAAUAAAAGCCGCUCCAAUUGCUGCUUAACUUGGCCAACUUUUCAUGUUUGAGAAAAACUGGUUAUUAAGCUAAGCAAACACACUCACACACAGACACACGCUCACACACACACACAGAUGUGAGCAGCAUAAAAGCGAGCAAAUGAAAUAAAGUAAAAACACUGCAGCUUCCUUGCGGAUUUUGACUUGCUGGAAAAAUAUAUAUGGUCAAACAAAUAAGCCAAGCCAGCAACAAGGACAACACACACACCGCACACCACAUUGUGAAGUGUGUGUGUGCACGCAAAUGUUUGUUAUUCAUAAAUAUUUCAGCAUCCCAGCAAUUUAUGCAUAAAUCGAUGCCGCUUUUAUGUGGCCGCCUUUUAUGUUUUACGAAUAUUUUCGGGGUUAACUCUAUAAAUUUACUGCAGCUGCACAAAAGAGCAACGGGCACACGUGGCGUAUAAGUGAUAAACACACUGGGAGUUGCUUUAAAGGCAACUUCAAAUGCAGGUAGUUAGUUUAAAACUUAAACAGUUGGAAAUUUAAACAUUUUACAAUUUUAAUUAAAGUAAAAAAAAUAUUUAAGCAAUAAAUUAAAAUAGUUUUAGUUAAGCUAUCAUUUAAACUGACGAUUUUCCUAACGAUUUUAAGGCAUUUUUUCAUUUUAGCUAAUAUACAAAUUUUAAUUAAAUUUCGAAUCAAAUUAAAAAUAAUGUACGUAAUGGUUUUAGCUAAUUUACGCAACAAUUUUUUUGAGACUGAAACUGAAAUUUGUACUAAGCAUAAAUAGAAAAAAGAGAGAGAGAGAGAGAUAUAUAUAAAAACAUGCGCACACAUACUCGUACACACACACACACGCACACACACACAUUCCAAGAGCAUUUUAUUGUAAAAGCUAUUUAAUAUUAGAUUAAUUCUAUUUUAUGUUCAGACAGCAAAAUAAAGUGAAUAAUAAAAAUUAAA